AUUUGUUCCCCGCUCCUCCAGCAGAAGCGCUGUUUCUCUUCCGUGUGAUGACGACACUUCCGCUUGCUCAGACAUGGCAGCCUGCAUGGCGAGAGCUGGAGCGAUUCGUGUCCUGUCAAACAUCAUUCGCGGACGAUUUUUAUCGGUCGCUUCUGCUCAGCAUCACACAAUUUGUCCACGAUGGUCUGUCAGUGUGUGUCCUACAUCUUUCAUACACACAGGUCCUAUCUCAACAACAUCUCAUUCUCCGGCUGUCACCAUCACAGACGAGUCAGACACACUCUAUCAGAAGCUGUCAGUGUUGGUCAAAGGUCAUGAUAAGUCAGUGUUGGACAGCUAUGAGUUUUUUGCCACUUUGGCAGCACAGGAGCUCGGUCUCACACUGGAUAAAGUAUUUGAACCGCCUAAGCAUAUCGAUAAAUUAACACUGCUGAAGUCUGUUCACAUCUUUAAGAAACACAGAGUGCAGUAUGAGAUGAGGACACAUUACAGGUGUGUCGAGAUUUCUAGAGUAACCGGAUCAACUGCGCAGGUUUAUUUGGAGUAUAUUCAGCGUAAUUUACCCGAGGGAGUUGCCAUGGAGGUCACCAAGACCGCUGUUGAGAAGAUUCCCGAACAUAUCCAAAAACCGCUGUGGGAUGAUAACAAACUGGAGCCAUCAAGUCCAUGAGGAGAUUUCUACCCUGAUAUAACCUGCAGCAGAUAUAUGAGCUUCUGUCCACGUACAAGCUGUGAUUUAAAACCUGCUUCUGAGAUCAAACAAACCAAUACAGACACAAACCGAAACCUGACCUUAGAUCAGUGCUGUGUUCAUGAAAAAAACCAGAAGACAAAGUUUGAUAAUAAAUCAAUGUCCCAAAUAAAUUGUUUGUAAUACUAAUGUAACUUGUACAUACAGAUUGAAGUUGUUUUUUUAUGUAAUAGGCAUGGAUUCAUGUCAUUAUAUGUAAUAAAAUAAAUAUGCAAAUGACAUAAGCCAGAUUUUUAUCUAUUGCUUAUUAUAGCGAUUGGUAUUAUUUGCAUUUAUUUGUUACAUCUUAAACUAUGAAUUUUAAUUAAAAACAUGAUUCAAUGUAGGUCUGUUGAGUGUUGGUAGCCUUAAUUUUCUGAACUUUGAAUACAAAGAAUUUGAUUAAUUCAUACUUUUCAUAAAAAGUUGAAGAAAAAUUGGUGUUGAGGAUUUAGAAGACUGAUGAUAAAUUAUAAUAAGCUCAAUGUGUUACACUUUUGUGCUAUAGAAACAGAGAGAUACAGUAUUGGUAGGAAAUGAACUUUAUUGGAGCACUAAUGGGGUUGUGAUCAAUUAUAUGAAAUAAAUCAGUUACAGAAAAA